AUGAUAUUAUUUAUUAAACAGUUAAUUAUUUCACAUAUAUUUGAAAUUGAUAGUAAUAAAAAUAAUCAUAAAAAAAAAAAAUCAAAAAAAAAAAUCAAAAAAACAAAUAAUCAAAGUGUAAAUUUACCAAAACAAACCACUUCAAGAAUUAAACACAUUCAAUCAAAAAAAAGCAAAAUUAAGACCAUUCAAAAAAAAAAAAAAAAAAUGGAAAAAACAUUGAAUGUCAUAUCAAAAAUAAAUAAAAAAAAUGAAAAUAAAACAUUUAUUUAUUUAUUAAAUAUAUGGAUAUUAAUAAUAUCAUUUGAGAGAAAAUUAAGCAAUGUUAUUUUAUUUAUAUUUGAAAUAAAAAGUAAAUAG